ACGCAAAAGAGAGAAAACGAAACCAGCUCUCUCUUCCGGGCGAGGCAGCAGCCAAGGCUGCUUCUGGGGGUCCCGAGCAGGAUCUCUGCGAGGAAGUCACUUGCCCCAUCUGCCUGGAGUGUUUCAGGGAUCCGGUGAUCAUCCCGGAGUGCGGGCACAACUUCUGCCGAUCCUGCCUGAUCCAGUGCUGGGGGGAAUCCGAGGGAGAGGCUUCCUGCCCUCAGUGCAGGGAAAUCAUUCAGCACAGGAACCUCAUCCCCAAUCGGCCGCUGGCAAAUGUUUUGGAAAAACUUACACUCGGGAAACUCCGUCUUCAUGGGGAAAGGGGGCCGAAGGAAAGGGGAAGAUCUGCGAGAAGCACCAGGAGCCCCUGAAGCUCUUCUGCAAGGAGGACGAAAGCCCCAUCUGUGUCGUGUGUAUUGCGUCCAAGGAGCACAAAAGCCACGAGGCGAUUCUUCUGGAAGAGGCUUUCGAGGAGUACAAGGUAAGAAAUCUCUCUGGAUUUCCUUUGGGUUUGAUGAGGGCGAAAUAGCUACAGAGAAGGGGGUUUUGCAGGACAAUGUUUUAAUAUAUUCUCCCCCUCCUGCAGACAAAGAGUCUCUUGUCAGUAAACUUCUGAAACUCUGUUCAAUUUAUUUUUACCGUUCUGGGGAUUACAGUGCCCCUAAUGUCCCCCUGCAGGAGAAACUCACCCCCAGUUCAUCCUCUGGAAGCAGCUCCCUUAGGAAAGGGCUGGAGGGAGGAGCAAUGGAGGUGGCAGGGAUAGAAUCACAGAAUGGUGGAGUUGGAAGGGACCCUGAGGGCAUUCUAGUCCAACCCCCCCGAAAUGCAGGGAUUCUGCCCACAGCCGUCCCUGGUUGGGCUCGAACCACCAACCUUCUGGUUAACAGCCAGACACACUGACCCAUUGCGCCACAGGCUCCCAGGAUGACGAAGGCAAAGACCACAGUCUUUGGGGCAGGGAGCAAGCAUCUGAUUCAACUUUCCUGUUAUUAUGAAUACUAAAACUCCAACAAAGAAAAACAACAACCAAAGUUUGAUUUUCUUUUCAGGGACAGAUAAGCAGCUGCCUAGACAAUGUGAAGAAGGAGAGAGAGAAAAUUCUGGAAUUUAAAGCGGGCACAGAAAAGGAAAGCCAAGACCUGCUUGUAAGCAUUAUUUUUAUUUAAGGUGAAAAAUGUUAUGCAGUAGUACCUCGCGUUACACAACCCUCUGGUUAUGUAAACUUCAGGAUGCGAACAUGGCAAACCCAGAAGUAUUUUUCUGGGUUUCACUGCGCGCAUGCGCAGAAGCGGUCUAUCACGCACAUGCGCAGAACAGGCACCUCCAGUUGCUGAAACUUCGAGAUCCAACUGGAGCUCCGGAAUGGAUCCCAUCCGCAACCCGGAGGUAAUACUGUAGUAUAAUAUCUGGGAAAAAAUGAAGAUGGAAUACAGAAAGAAGUUUACAGUAUUUUAGAACAGUCUGAUCACACACAGGGCAUGGAAGACCAUUUGAAGGUGGGGGUGGGCUUGUAAAUUUUUACGAAACUCUUUUCCUGCUGGAGUGAUCUCUCUAAAAUGGCAGACAUGCCCUUCCAAGUGAAUUCUAAUAACUGGUCUCUUCAUCCUGCAGCAUUAUGCCUAAUAUUGGCCAGGUUUUCUCCUCCUCUUUCUCUUUUUGCUGGUGCAGAAGCAAACAAAAUCAAAAUCUGGGAAAAUAAAUAUGAAAUACAGAAAGAGGUUUAUUUUUGAAUGGUCUGAUCUCCCACAGAGCCUGAAAGACCAUUUAAAGGAGGGGGUGGGGUUGUAAGUUUUUACGAAGCUCUUUCUCUGCUGAAUAUGUCAGAAGUGGCCUUCUAAGGGAAUUCGGAUAACUUGACUCUUUAUCCUUCAAGAGCAGACUAGAUGCCUGAUCUUGGCCCACUGUUCUCUUCUUUCAACCUCUUUGCUGCAGAAACAAACAGGUGCAGAGAGGGAAAAGAUGGUGGCUGAGUUCAGGUGACUGCACCAGUUUCUGGAAGAACAGGAGAAACGUAUUCUGGCCCAGAUGGCAGAAGUGGAGAAGGAGAUUGCAGCACAAAGGGAGGGGCACCUGGCCAGACUCUCCAGGGAACUCUCCUCUCUUGACAGCCUCAUCCGGGAGAUGGAGGAGAAGCUUCAGGAACCAGAGAGUGAACUCCUGCAGGUGAGGCCUCAUCCUGAUGCGAGAGGGUGGAGUGGGCUGCUUCAGACUACAGGCAUUUCUUAGUCCUUCCCCACAUAAAAAUACUGUUGUCAGAGGAACAAGCAGUACAUGACAUAGCAGCUAACUCUGAGGGGCCAAGGUCCCUUAGACUGCCCAAUAAAAUAUUUGAGGGGGCCAGCCCCCCCCCGCCACCAAUAAUGGGCAUUUCUAUUGAAAUGGGGUGUGUGUACUGCAUAUUGUGAUUGAUUAUGUGGAGUGGGGCUUACCUGCCCACCCCCCAAUAUCUUCUUCAAGUUGUCACUAGAUCAAACCACAGGCCCUUUCCGUCCUGCUUCCUGUUCUUGCAUUGGCCAACCAGAGGUUUCUCGGAAGCCCACAAGCCAAUAGAACUCUGUAUUCAAUUAACCUUUACUCAGAGUAGACUGUCUUAGGUUCAUUAAUUUCAGUGUGUCUGAGUAAAAGCUAGUUGAAAACAACCAAUACUGUCUCCAACACAGGCAUUCCAAAUUGGCACUGCAACAUCUUUUCAUUCAGAUGCUGUCUUGGGUCCAGCCAGAGAGGGGGUGACCUAUUAUUAUUAUCAUCAUCAUCAUCAUCAUCAUCAUUAUCAUUAUUAUUAUCAUUAUCAUUAUUAUUAAAAUAAGUUUGUGUACCACCCAAUACCCGCAGGUCUCAGGGUGGUUCCCAGGAUAUGAUUGAGUGUGGGAUGUACAUAGCAGUGAACCGAUGAGUUGCAUGUGAACACGGAACCAGCAUGCGCUGCAGGGCAAAAUGGCAAAUCAAGGAGGUGGGACUGAAUCUCUCAGGUGUUUGGGUGACUUGGUCAAAAGAGAAGAAAGGGGCCUUUUAUUAGUCAUCACUGGAAUGGCUGACUUUUGCCAUCUGAUGGUUAUUCCAAAAUUAUAUGGCGCUGUGUAUUUUAUUGGGGGUCUUUUGUUUUGUGCUUGGCUAACCUCUCUCUGCUUCAGCUGCUUAGUAUAACUGACCGCAGGGCUCUCUGCAGAAAUGGCUCCACGGAUAUAUUUUUCUUUCCUUCUUUCCAGGAUAUCAGAAGCUUCUUGCAGAGGUAAGUGAUGGAAAUCUACUGCUUUAAGAUAAUGUACAGUGGUACCUCGGGUUACAUGCACUUCAGGUUACAUACGCUUCAGGUUACAGACUCCGCUAACUCAGAAAUAGUACCUCAGGUUAAGAACUUUGCUUCAGGAUGAGAACAGAAAUUGGGCUCUGGUGGCGCAGCUGCAGCAGGGGGCCCAUUAGCUAAAGUGGCGCUUCAGGUUAAGAACAGUUUCAGGUUAAGGAUGGACCUCCAGAACGAAUUAAGUACUUAACCCGAGGUACCACUGUAUUGGGAAAGUUCCUGUUUAACAAGUGAGAAACUCACUCUCCAGUUCCUCCUUCCGGAGAUAGCUUAGGACUCCACCGUCCAUUUCACAAAAUCACAGACAAAAGAAGAGACAUAUUUUUGUGGUAGUUUGUUGCUACAAUCACAGACAGGAAGCCGUUCCCCAUUGCAUAUUUCUGAAGGUCCAUUUCUGUGAUGGAUUCAUUUACUCUGCAACUGAUACAAAAAAGGGGGACACCCCAAAGGUGCUUGUAAAUAUCUUUACUAUAACUUACCCUUAAAUAUUCAGUGUAUUUCAGGCUCCUGCAGUUUCUUCCUCAGCCAUAAGAAGGUGAGAAAGGGCCCUGCUGGAUCAGGCCAGUGGUCCAUCUAGUCCAGCAUCCUGUUUUCACAGUGACUAACCAGAUGCCAGUGGGAAACCAGUGGGCAGGAUCUGAGCCCCAGAGGACACUCUGCUCUGGUGGUUUCAGCAACUGGAGUUCAGAGGCACCACUGCCUUUGACUCAGCCAUUGUGAAGAGUAGCCGCUGAGAGCCUUCUCCCCCAAACACCUACAACAUGUUCAAAAAUUAAAGAAUUUUGAAAAUCUUGCAUGUUUAGAAAAUACUGCUUUAAUUUCUAAUAUUUUCUCCAUUUUUAAAAUAUAACCACUGUGCUAAAAUACAUUUAUAAUGUUAAUUGCAAAAGCCAUUCUAAAGCAUUCUGAACUUCCUUAUAUUUCAGAAAUGCACAUACCAGAUCUAUUUUGUUUUCCUCAUUAAUCACUUGAAAUGCUUCACUAAAACUGGUGUAGUCCUAAAAUCUCUGCAUAAGGACCCAGUAUGGUUCACUUUUCUUAAAAAAAUAAUAAUGGGUAUACAUCAGCUUCUUUAUCUUCAAUCUCCUAUUCAUAUAUUUCAUUCAAAAUUCAAAAGCAGGUGUCUUUCGGUUUUCCUUCAACUUCUUAGAUGCUUUCUAGAUCCACACGUCAGCUAGAUGCUCCUUUUUGCCGUAGGAAAAUCCUGCUCCCAAGUCUUCAUGAUAUUUCCAUGGUGCAUUUAUCAUCAGGAUGAGACACCUGUCUUCUCAGAAAGCUCCUUGCGUUGGAAGGAUGGUGGCUUCACUUUGUUCUUCUCCUCCCAGAUCUCAGGAGAAGGAGAAAUUAAAGAAUCCUCCUGUGGCUUUUCCUCCUGCCCUGAAGUGGAGGAUCUGGGACUUCAAAGAUAUAAAUCCCUUCCUGAAGGGUGUCAUGAAGAAAUUCAGAGGUAGUAAAGAUGGGUUGAAAAUAUUUUGUACUGGAUAUUUAGAAUUGUUCAUGAAAGACUCCAGCUCAUUAGCAGUGCUAGGAAAAUGGAAUGUUUAUUUAUUUAUUCUUUUCAAUAUCUAGAAGUCACACUUUCCUAUGUAGAUGACUCACAACUGAUUUUCCUUAGGCAAUUGAAAGGGGAUGGUAAAGAGAGUCAUGAAGAAAUUCAGAGGUAGUAAAGAAGGGCUGAAGGGGACGCGGGUGGCGCUGUGGGUUAAACCACAGAGCCUAGGGCUUGCUGAUCAGAAGGUUGGCAGUUCAAAUCCCCGCAAUGGGGUGAGCUCCCGUUGCUCAGUCCCUGCUCCUGCCCACCUAGCAGUUUGAAAGCACGUCAAAGUGCAAGUAGGUACCGCUCUGGCGGGAAGGUAAACGGCGUUUCCAUGUGCUGCUCUGGUUUGCCAGAAGCGGCUUAGUCAUGCUGGCCACAUGACUGUUGGGAUACUGCCAGGGAGAUAAAGCCCAUCAUGACUCCACGUCGCCUCCGGACGAUCCAUCGAUCUCCCGUAGAUACAGUAUCAGCAAUUAGCGACACGAACCCCAGAAAUAGUUUCCCACAUUCCAGAGCUCUUGCACGCUCUAUCAGCAGAGUUCGCACAGCGAAAGACACACUCAGGAGAGCAUAUUUACAAGUUUAUUCAGCGUUGGUCAGAACAAAGAAAAAACAUGACUGCCUGCUUCAGUGUCUCAGACACAGAGAGAGAAACGAAAGCAAGAGACAAAACAUAAACUUCCUGUGAACAGGAAAUACGCAGACUCUGUGACUCACAAAGCCUGCUCCCUUUUAAGGUGAAACGGAAAUAUCCUAAGCCCAAGCCAGGGAAAAGCAUUACUUUACUGCUGUACGCCGGCUCCCUCAGCCAGUAAAGCGAGAUGAGAACUGCAACCCCAGAGUCGGCUACGACUGGACCUAAUGGUCAGGGGUCCCUUUACCUUUACCUUAAAGAAGGGCUGAAAGUACUUUGUACUGGAUGUUUAGAAGUGUUCAUGACAGGCCCCAGGUCAUACGGAAUAUUAGCCAUGCCUGGAAAAUAGAAGGCUUAUUUAUUUAUUCUCUUUCAAUAUCUAGAAACCACACUUUGCUAUGUAGAUGACUCACAACUGAUUUUAUUUAGGCAAUUGAAAGAGGAGGAUAAACCCUUCUUGCUGGGCUCUGGAAGCUCCUGCGAGAUCUUGGGGGAGCCUCCCAGAUUCCAGUCAGCAAGGUAAAGGGCUUGAAAGCUCUUGCCAUGAAGGGUUUGGCCACCGUGCAAAUCGCUUUUAAGACCUUACUUGGUUCUGAGAGGCUCCUGCGAGAUCUCAAGGGACCGUUUUGAGAUCUCUGAUGGCAGGGGUGAUUCCAGGAGUCAUUCUGACUUUGCACGAUCUGCCUUUAUGCACAAUCUUCAGGAAUGUAAGCCUCCCUCAAGUGGUGAGUGUCUGUAAAAAGUUGUACUUGAACUCUUCACAUCUCUCAGCCAGGCUUUGGGUGCUUUCACACAUCUCACUUUUGGGGCAUUUCUCCUGUUCCUUUGGCCCUGAGAUUGAUGUAAGGGGAGCAGGAGGGAGGGGGGCUGUCCAGGAGCCAGCCAGGAACAGAGGGGACUGGGGUUGAGGCCUCCUGUCCUGGAACAGGGGUGUCUGGACCUUGUUGUUGAUGGGGAGAUCUUCUGGGGGUCCUGCUCCUCCUCCCAAGAUUUGGGCAGGACUGACCUUUGACAUCACCCCUGCCCUGGUUAUGCAGGGAUAGCCAGUGUGGAGACCUUCAAAUAGUUUUAACUUCAACUCCCAUAAUCUCCAGAUGUCAUGGCCAGUGGUUAGGGAGGAUGGGACUUGUAGUCCACAACACCUGGCUACAAUCUCAUGAGCUCAUAUUGUUCAUUCCAGGUUUGUUGUCUGAAUGAUGGUGUGAUGCUAAAUCUCUGUUCCCUUUUCUCUCCCAGACACUGUGGAAUAUGGACUUAAGCUGCGAAAAGGUACAUUUCCGGGUGAAGCACAGACACUAAUUAGGGAGAGAUGGGAUCCGCAUCUCAAAAGACCAGGCCACUGCACCUCUUCCGUCCAUGCCGUAUUUUCCUUAUUUCCCAGAGGCAUCUGUUCCGUGAGAGCAGCUUGCUGGGCUACAGGGGCUCAUGGCCUGAUCCUGCAGACUCUUAGGAAGCCCACAGCCCAGGAUGGCUGGCUUUUCUGUGCCGAAUCUCAAUAAGACACAGGGGUGGUGUGAAGCCAAAGGCUCCUGGCACAUGAGGGGGAAAUAUCCCUUUGAGCCAUACCAGAUCCACACCCCGUUUAGGAGAGUUUAUGUAAGAGAAAGGUGUAAGAGUGGGAAAUGCAUGAACACAAAUAGCUCAGAAAAUGGCUGCAACAACCUUUGGGGGCUGGAAGGUGAAUGGGUUCUGGUGUCAGUGGAGGGAGCUGGGGGCUGCCUGAGUGUGAACUGCAGUGGUUCAGCGUCCCUGCAAGAUUGGGGGUCUUCCCUCAGCUUUUGUAUUGGAGGGGAGACAUGACCUCUCUGCUAAAACAAGAGAAACUUGAGUAAACCUAAAAGAGCAGGGCAGAAUUAGACCACAGACUGGGGGAAAAGGCUCAAUGGGAAGAUAGAAGUCCAGUCUGGCCUGAUUCUGGACAUCACAGAAAGGGAAUCAUAAGAGCUGGAAAAGAUGUAAAAAUGGCAGCAUAAAGGAAACUCUUAUUUACCUUUAAAAUCAUAUUCUGGGAUUCUUUUAGAAAACACUGAGUAAAAUACAUAAAAGCUAAUCAAUACAAUAAACUAGAAAAACCCAUUACAUUUAACAAAACAAAAAACUAAUAGCAGCACUGGCAACAUCCAAUAUCCCACAUAAUUUCCAAAGUGCAAAAGUGUGUUUUUAAAAAGAAAUCACUUGAUUACUUUCCGUAACGUGGCAGGGGUAGGGAGGACUGCAGAGCAGAUCUUCUUUCUAAUGUCCACCAGCCUGACCAGUUUUUAAAUUGGUUUCUCGUGAUGCUUCCACUGCCCCCCUUUUCCAUAAAUGUGAGGAACAGUGAAAAAAAAGAUGAAUUAUAUAGCCAAAUCAGGUCUGGGGAGCCAGGAUGGGGUCUUUGCAUUGAAGGUGACGUGUGUGUGUGUGUGUGUGUGUGUGUGUGUGUGUGAAUGCAUUAACGAUUAACACAAUUCAUAGGAAAAGAAAGCCAUUCAUAUCAACGAUGUAAUAGAACCAUCAAUAUUCUGCGUUGCUCUAACCAAACUGCAAGAUAAAAUUAAGUUUGUUCUUAGCUAACUGCUCAUAGUUUGCCUGGGGGAAACAAACCAUAGGCCCAAGCACCUCCCAGGGACUCCUGCAUCACACUGCAGAACAUGGAAGGGAGUCCCUCAGAAGGUGGUAGACUCUUCAUCCUUGGAACUUACAGGGAAGUUGCAAGGGUUCUAAUGUAGAGAAUGUGUGUUAAGUACUUCAAACACUUGAAAGAACUGCAAAUAUUUCAAGAAUCAUUAAGAACCUGUCUUGAAUGCAGAGCCAUGGAGACCCUGUUCAUUUCAGAGCGGAUGCUAUUUCUGUCAUGUACCUAAAACAGAGUCAGCUUCCCGGUUGACGUCGUUUCUCUUCUCUUUCCUCCUCUGCCCCCACAGAAAACGUAACUUUGGAUCCAGACACAGCACAUCCCUGCCUCAUCCUUUCUGAGGAUCGAAAGAGUGUGAGAGAUGGAGAAGUGCGUAGACGCCUGCCGAACAACCCUGAGAGAUUUGACACACAUGGCGAUGUGCUGGGAUGUGAGGGUUUCACAUCAGGCAGACAUUUCUGGGAGGUCAUUGUGGGAAGAGAGGAGGGGUGGGGGUGGGGGUGGCCAGAAAGUCUGUGAAGAGGAAGGGUGAUUUAGGUUUUGAUACUACGGAAGGGAUCUGGGGUUUGGGGAAGUGGGACGGUGGGUACAAGUUAUGCUCCCCCUAUGAGGACCCUGUUCCAAGUGAGGAGCCUGAGAGGAUCCGAGUGACCCUGAACUGUGAAGGGAGACGGGUGUCCUUUUACGAUGCAGAUACAGCAGCCCUUCUCCAUGCAGAUACAGCAGCCCCCUUCUCAGGAGAGACCCUCCAGCCCUACUUUUAUGUGAGCAAGAAAGCGAACCUGAGACUCUCUUGA